ACACCAACACUGGCUCACCACCUCCACCAGUAGCAGCAGCAAUCUUGCUUGCAAAACAAGAAGAAGUGAAAAUCUGCCGCGUCAAAAGCGAAACGUGCGUACGACGGUGGCGUACACUUUGCGAUUGUAAAUCUUGAAGCUGUUGCGUGGUACCGUGACCCUAGAAGCGGAUUUGCUUUGCCGAAGCGUUUACCGAGUGGUGUGACACCGAAAUAGUAGCGGACAGACGAGAUUAUCUUGAUUCCCGGGAUAGAAGCGCUACGCUGCUGCCGUAACAAUGCCUCCAGUAGAGAAGCAGACCGAAACGGAAUCGACGAUUGACGAUCCGACUGUGGUUGAAAAGUACAAAAUUGCCGGUGAUAUUGUGAAUAAAACUCUUCAAACCAUCAUCAAAGCAUGUGUUGCAGGCGCCUCAGUGAAAGAGAUUUGCCUGAAGGGUGACAGUAUGCUGACGCAGGAAGCGCAAAAGAAAUACAAGAAUGAGGAGGAAAUGAAGAAAGGCGUCGCCUUUCCGACGUGCCUCUCGGUGAACAACUGCAUUUGCCACUUCUCGCCAGCGCGCAACGAUCCGGACUAUUUGCUGAAGGACAACGAUGUGGUCAAGAUCGAUCUGGGGGCUCACAUCGACGGUUUCAUCGCGGUCACGGCUCACACGAUCGUGGUCGGUGCAACGCCUGAGAAUAAGUGUAAGGACCGUGCGGCCGACGUUGUCCUGGCGGCGUACCACGCGAGCCAGGCUGCGCUUCGUCUGCUGAAGGAGGGCACCGGUAACUACGCGGUGACGGAUGCGGUACAAAAGAUUGCCUCCGACUUCAAGUGCAAACCGAUCGAGGGUAUGCUGAGCCAUCAGCUGAAACAGUUCAAAAUCGAUGGCGAAAAGACGAUCAUCCAGAACCCAACGGUGGCGCAAAAGAAGGAACACGAGAAGUGCGAAUUUGAAAAAUACGAAGUGUACGCGAUGGAUGUGCUGAUCAGCACCGGUGAAGGACUCGGCAAGGAGCAGGAUACGCGUGUCGCGAUCUACAAGAAGACGGAGGAAAACUACAUGCUGAAGCUGAAAGCAUCCCGUGCGUUCUUCGGCGAGGUUAAAAGGAAGUACGGUUCGAUGCCUUUCAAUUUGCGAAACUUUGAAGAAGAAGCUAAGGCCAAGCUGGGCGUCAACGAAUGCGUGACGCACAAGAUGGUUGAACCCUUCCAAGUAUUAUAUGAAAAGCAUAAUGAAUACGUUGCUCAGUUCAAAUACACGGUGCUCAUCCUGGAGAACGGACUGAAAGUGGUAACCGGACAUCCGUUCGACGAGAGCUGCUACGAAAGCGAGCACAGCGUGCAGGACGAAGAAAUGAAGAAGCUGCUAGCGUCGAAGGUCGGUGCAGGCAACAAGAAGCGUCGCAGGAAGAACAAGAAGAAGGGAGCGGCCGCCGGCGGAGCCGACGAUGAUGCCGACGGGGACGACAGUGGCGAAGAGGAGGCGGACGACAAAAAGGACGAGAAAAAGGCAUAACAGCAAAACAAUGUGGUUUGACCGUUUUUGCUCGCGCCCUUCCUAGAGACAGCCUCGAACUCCAGUACACAGACACCGUUUGCCCCUCCACAAUUCGUACUGAUGAUGAUUAAAGUUUAAUUCGAGUGCGUUAUUCCGUACAGUAACUCACUCACAGCAAUACGUCGUACUUGCAGCACACUGCCUGUUUGCCCCCUAUACGCGAGCCGAACGUGUAGGGAGCCCGAGAGCCUCGUGUGAAAAUAUACAGUGGAUCUUAAAAUAGAACACCGGUAAGGCAAACUCGUACAGCGCCAUCUAGCGGGCGGUGUCCUUACUUAGCUAACGAUUUGAGGAGGGGGUGACAGCAUGCGAACAGAGCGAGAGAGAAGAGCGAUAGUUCUGGUCGCUUUUAGAAAAGCGAUAUAAAAACGCGAAUUAACUUAAAGCGAACGUGUUUCUGUUUGUUUUUGUUUGUUUCUUGUGGAAUUUAAAGUUUCUUUUUUCCUGUUCAGUUUCCCUCCUUUUAUUGGUACGUUACAAUCAAAAUCAAUUGUAACAUUCCCAUGCAUGACAAGACUUUACUCUUUUGCCCCAUCUCCGGUAGCAAAAAUUGUUCCCAGCAGCUGCUGUAAGUUUGUGUUUUAAAAUACAUUGUUUGAAAACAAAUCUCUCUCGGGUUAGAGAGGAACGCGCA